UUGAGACUACUGCAUUUCCAUCGAAGUGGCUCUUGAUGACGCUGUAGCCACUAGCGAGUCUGAAGAAGUCACAAACACCUUGAUAACUCUGCGGAUGAGAUCAAGGGCUCCCUCUUUCGUCUUUGGCAGCACACGUCUAAACUAGAUUUAACCAGGAAAACACAUUCAGGAGCCUAGUUUACCAACACUUCAGAGAUGCCUCUUUUUCGGCCAACAAGAUUAAGUAUGACUUUAAAAAAAGUCAUUAUCGCAAAAGUCAGACCAGAGAAUGGUAUUGCUUGUAAAGGUUACUGCACUCCCCUUGCCAUUCCAAAUACCAGGAGCGAGAGAAGGCUAACUUUGGGACCGUUAAAUGUCUUUAAUUCCUGGACAGCGACUGCACAGCGUGAGUUGAGAGUUCUCUCAUCUUUGUCAACAACUAACGAGCAACAAUGUAACAGAACAUUAACAACAAACAACAACGCAUACGACGAAGCUUUCAGAACAGCGAGGAAUGACCCUGAACAGUUCUGGGGUGAAGCAGCACAGAAUGUAACCUGGUUUGAGCCAUGGAGCCGAACAAUGGACAAUGGGGACGCCAUAUUUCCAAAGUGGUUCGCCGGGGGGAAGUUGAAUGUUUGCCACAAUGCGGUGGAUCGCCAUGUCGAGAGCGGACGAGGAGAUCAACCGGCCAUCAUUUAUGACAGCCCAGUGACUGGAACUAAGCAGACCAUCACUUUUAGAGAACUACAGGAACAGGUGUCCAGGCUGGCUGGGGUCCUGGUGAAACACGGGGUGUGGAAGGGCGACCUGGUGGUCAUCUACAUGCCCAUGGUGCCCCAGGCCAUGUUCACCAUGCUAGCCUGUGCCCGGAUCGGAGCCCCGCACAGCCUCAUUUUUGGGGGAUUCGCCUCCAAGGAGCUGUCUGUCCGCAUCGACCAUGCCAAGGCCCCCGGUAGCACACUGUGUGAAUGCUGUGUCUUCCAGCCCAAGAUGAUAGUGACGGCCUCCUUUGGCAUUGAGCCUGGCAGGAGAGUGGAGUACAUUCCCCUGGUGGAGAAAGCCCUGGAGCUCAGCUCUCACAGUCCCUCCAAGGUCCUCAUCUACAACCGGCCCGGCAUGGAGAAGGUGUCCAUGCACCCUAACCUCAGUCUGGACUGGGAGGAGGAGAUGUCCACUGCACGUCCUCAUGACUGUGUGUCUCUCCCUGCCAGCCAUCCUCUAUACGUCCUCUACACGUCUGGGACCACCGGAGCUCCUAAGGGCGUUGUCAGGGAUACUGCUGGGUACGCUGUAAUGUUGACGUGGACCAUGGAAAACAUUUAUGGCCUCAAGCCUGGUGAAGUAUGGUGGGCAGCGUCUGACCUGGGCUGGGUAGUGGGCCACUCCUACAUCUGCUACGCCCCUCUCCUCCACGGCAACACCACCAUUCUAUACGAGGGCAAGCCUGUUGGGACACCGGAUGCCGGGGCGUUCUUCCGCGUGCUGUCAGAGCAUGGUUGUUCCUCCAUGUUCACCGCGCCCACUGCCAUCCGAGCCAUCCGCCAGCAGGACACCCAUUCCGCCAUAGGGGCUCAGUACCCCCUCACCAGAUUGAAGAGCCUUUUCUUGGCUGGAGAGCGCUGUGACGUAGAGACUCUGAACUGGGCCAAAAGGAGCUUUGGCGUGCCUGUACUGGACCACUGGUGGCAGACUGAGAGUGGCUCAGCCAUCACGUCCUCCUGUAUUGGCCUGGGAAACUCUCUGUCUCCCCCUGCUGGUCAGGCUGGCAAACCCGUUCCAGGAUACAAUGUCACAGUGAUCGACGAUGAUAUGCAGGAGGUGACGCCAAGGACCCUGGGAAAUAUUGUGGUGAGGCUGCCACUACCACCAGGAGCAGCUUUAUCUCUGUGGCAGAACCAGGAGCUUUUCAAGGAGCUCUACUUCACCAAGUUCCCUGGUUUCUAUGACACCAUGGACGCAGGCUACGUGGAUGAGGAGGGUUUCCUGUACAUCAUGUCUCGCUCUGAUGAUGUCAUCAACGUGGCGGGCCACAGGCUGUCGGCAGGUGCGCUGGAAGAGUCUGUCCUGCUGCACCCCGGGGUGGUGGACUGUGCUGUGGUGGGUCUGGAGGACUCCCUGAAGGGCCACGUCCCCCUGGCUCUGUGUGUUCUCAGAAACGACCUAAAGAAGAGCCAGGGAGACGUGGUGAAGGAGAUUGUGAGCCUGGUCAGAGAGACCAUCGGGCCCGUGGCUGCUUUCAGGAAGGUGCUGAUUGUCAGAGGUCUCCCAAAGACCCGCUCUGGGAAGAUCCCCCGCUCCUCCCUGGCUAACCUGGUCAACUGGAAGCCAUACACGAUAUCCCCUACCAUUGAGGACCCAGAUGUGUACAAGGACAUUGAGAAGAUGGUGAAACAGGAGCUGAGACCUGCUGGACAGUGACUCUCUAACCCUCCACCUGGGCUGCAGACAUUGCAGAGUCUACCAUGAAGGGUUGACUAGAACUGUUCUUGUGACUAGACAGAAAACAGCCAGGUUGCAAGAGCUGUAUGUACUUUAGCCUACUCCUCUGACUUUUGUUGGCAUGACAACGAACAUGGCACAACAGGAGUUGACUAUAGCACAAGCAGAUUUGCAAACCGGUCACAGUGUAUCUUCACUAUUCCACUGAAGACACUCCCAAUUGUAGACUGAACAGUUGCACUGUCUAACAUUACCCAAAGGGAACAGUCAUUCUGAGAGAUGGGUGUCACUACCUCUGUGUGGGGGUGACAUUGAAUAGCCAGGACAAGAAAUGACAUGAAAUAACUUGAUGGUAGACCUUGAACAGUGGUUAACAAUAUCGUGAAAAUGUGAAGUAUAUUUACCACUGUGAAAUAAAAUGUGAAAAAACUUGG